CUUCAUAGAGAGACAUAAAGAGAAAGAGAGCAGGAGCUGGAGUGUUUUUUUACGAACACACACACAUAUACAUACACACUGAGUGUUCGUGCACGGAUCACGGCUGCUCCCUCCUGAAGCUCGAGCAGCCUUGAGAACGAAAUCCUGUUUAUUAAAGUGUUCUUCCCCCCUGAAUUGACUGGAGAUGGCCUUAAGCGGGACCAUUUUGCCAUCCAUUUCAACUUUUUCCGCUCAGAAGGAAAAAUGCUGGGAAAACAGAUGGAAGGAUGACUUGGACAGGUCCAUGCUGUCCAGCUGCUUGGCUGAUCUGUCUCACAGCAUGGACGCCUUUGUCAGAGGCGAUGACGAGGACCUUGACAAGUACCUGGACCUGGAGUUUAUUCUGGCCAACACGGCAGGGUCAGAGAACCUCUCGGCACAAGGCAUGAGUGCAGCAAAUGAUUACAGGAUGCAGGAGUGCAGAAAUGUGUACACAUCGGCUCCGUCUACAGUGUACACUGUGCCUGAGCUGAACGCCUCUCCACCGCCUUACGGUGUCAGUCUGAUGGCUGAGCUCCUGCGUCCAGAGGUGGAUACAUACUGCCCACCUCCUCCUCAUCCUCCUCCCAACAACACCACCACUGUCCAGGGAAGAUUCCUGGUCCGGUCGGCAUUCUCCAAUCAGGACGUCGCUGAGCACAUCAAAGUGGAGCCACGUAUGGAUGGUUACGGACCUGUAGUGGGCAUGGUGCCUAAAAUUAAACGAGAGAGCGACAGUUCUUGCAUGAGGGCUUACGAACAGCCUCUGCUUGCUCAUUCACCUCAGGGUUCAGGGAGCAUGACGCCGCCUCUGAGCCCAGCUGAGAUCAAUGCACUUAACACGGACGCUCAGAGCCAGCUGUGCCACUCGGUGGCGUAUUCACAGAGCUAUGCAUGCCACGCCCCCACACACAUACAGCUCCCAUAUCAAAGCGCGCAGCCUCGUUUCGACACCAUGGCAGUGCCGAAUGGCGGGCAGAGGGUUCUCCUUACGCCACCUUCAUCCCCGUUAGAGCUGGAUGCCAAACCAAAGAGGGGGAGACGCACGUGGCCGAGGAAGAGGACGGCAACUCAUACCUGCACUUACGCUGGAUGUGGCAAAACUUACACCAAGAGUUCACACCUGAAGGCACACCAAAGGACACACACCGGUGAGAAGCCGUAUCACUGCAGUUGGGAAGGUUGCGGUUGGAAGUUCGCCCGCUCCGACGAGUUGACUCGCCAUUUCCGGAAGCACACCGGCCACCGACCCUUCCAGUGUCACCUCUGCGAGCGUGCCUUCUCCAGGUCCGACCAUCUCGCACUGCACAUGAAGCGCCACAUGUAGAAACCGGACUAAGAAUGGACUAAAGCACAGUGCUUUUCUGUGCCGAUCAAGAUGUUCUUCUCUUAUUGCAUCUGCUCUGUUUGUGUUACUUUAGACAGCAGAGGUUCUCAAUCCAAUUUUCUUGAGAAGCUCUAAUCUAAUCUGUAGACUGCACAUUGUGCUGAAUGCUAUGCAACCAUUUGUAGCUGGUACUACUUUUUUUUUUAUAAUAUAUUUGUCAAAGAAUUACAAAAACAACACAACAGAACCACUUGUAAGAACGAGUAGGCUGGACCUGCACAAAUCUGACGCAACUGGAAUCAGUAGAAACAUGAUACCAACAUGAUGUGCCUCCCACAUCACGAUCGUGCCUUUUUUUUAAUGAUUUUUUUAAAAUCAAUUACUUUGACUAUACAUCUCAAGUGCCAUGAAAUUUCCUUAUAUGUAAAAAAAAUAAAAAUAAAAAAUAAAUAAAAAUAAAAAUGAAAUAAGCUUUUAGACAAUGUUUUUAUUUUUUAAAACUGCCACUCAAGCCAUGUGAAAACUGAAUGUUUUGGACAGUAUAUUUGUAUAUUAAUCUUUCAAUCAGGGUCUUUUUUAUGUUAAUUGUUUAAGUAUUUUAAAUUGUAUUACAAACUGUACACAUGUUCAACAUGACAUGACAAGGGCUACAAUUCUGAACUGUUUUGGGACAAAGUCUUUUGACUUGUACAUAAUUUAUGUGAUGUAAAUAGUGUAUUUACUGUACAUAUUAAACUUAACUGAGAUUCUA